AUGUCUUUCCACAAAGGAUCUGUGGUGGCACAGGGCAAUGAGGCACCUGCCAGUAACAGGAAAGCAGACUCAAUAGAGCUGACUGAAAUGGGACCUCUGUUAGAAGAAAAGGGCAAAUGAGCAAUCAUCAGCCAAUACAAAGCUGAAGAAGAGCAAACAUGCCCAGUGACCCAGGAAGAAGAGGAGGUUUGGGUGUGGACACUGCCCUUGCAGGGGCACAAUGCCAUGGAGAAGAUGGAGGAGCUCAUAUACAAGGUCUGGGAGGGACGUUUAGGGGUCAUCCUGUAUGUUGUGCUGCAUGACUGGCUGAAGGACAAUGACUACUUGCUUCAUAGCCACAGACCACCCUUACCCUUCUUCCAGGCCUACUUCAAGAGCAUCAUUUGCAUCCAUAGAGAAACUGCCAAUAUCUGGACUCAUCUGCUUGGUUUUGUGCUGUUUAUCUUUUUGAGAAUCUUGACCAUGCUCAGACCAAAUAUGUACUUCAUGUAUUCCACUUGCAAUGCACAGACAUAUGCACUUCAUGGCCUCCCUUCAGGAGAAGGUGUGUUCUGGAUGUUCUUUUUGGGUGCCGUGCUCUGCCUCAGUUUCUCCUGGCUGUUCCACACCAUCAAUUGUCAUUCAGAGAAUGUCUCUUGGACUUUUUCCAAACUGGACCAUUUAGGGAUUGCUCCACUGAUUAUGGGGAGCUUUGUUACCUGGCUCUAUUACUCCUUCUACUGCUCCCCACAGCCACAGCUUAUCUACAUUUCCAUCAUCUGUGUCCUGGGUAUUUCCACCAUCAUCGUGGCAUUGUGGGACCUUUUUGCCACCCCUAAGCAAUGGCAGACAAGAGAAGCUGUGUUCCUGGGACUUGGUUUGAGUGGUAUCAUGCCCACCAUGCACUUUAUUAUCACUGAAGGCUCUAUCAAGGCCACCACGGUGGGCCAGAUAGGCUGUUUCUUCCUCAUGGUUGUGAUGUACAUCACCAGAGCUGGCCUUUAUGCUGUGCAAAUUCCUGAGUACUUCUUUCCUGGAAAAUUUGACAUUUGGUUCCAGUCUCUUCAGAUUUUCCACUUCCUGGUGGUGGCAGCAGCCUUUGUUCACUUCUACAGGGUCUCUAAGCUUCAGGAAUUCUGUUACUUCCUAGAAGGUGACUGUACAGAUGACUCCCUUCUCUGA